AUGGCCGAAGUCACCGGGAGAAAUCCAUUGGCUAUUCGCAGACGUAUUCUCGAAGAAUUCGAAAAAGUACAAGCACAAAUUGCAACAAAUCCGGAAUUAUGGAGAAAAUUGAGUUUCGAAGCUCACAAAGAGUUGAGUACAGUACUGGGAGACGACUUCAUUGACUAUCCGGAAUUCGAAUUCUGGUUCUCAAGAUUCGCUCGAGGAGAUUUCGAUUUGAAUUAUGAUAGAAGUUUUGAUCCAAAAACCCGCUCGCUCACCGAUUUGCCGUUGGAAAUUUUCAAGAAUAUUGGUGAAAACUUGGAGUUAGAAGACAGAUUCCAACUCCGUGAUGUGUGCAAGGAUAUUCGAUUUCAAGUCGAUAACUGGGACCCAAAAGUGACUAAGAUUUUCUAUUGCAAAGGGAAUAAUUGGAGAGUCUGUCAGACGUCAGGUCCGGAACUUUAUUGGAUGGGCAUUUUUGAACGAAAUAGAAAUAACAUUUUCCAUCCUGGUUUCCAUCGGGAUCCAAUUUCUUUCGUGAUGAAUAUUCUGAAGCUCCCAAAACUCCAUUUGGAAGAAUUGACGAUUUAUGAAGAUGUCUAUUGGAAGAAAUUGAUAGAAGAGCUGGACGAAUCGAAUCGGAAACUUCACGUUAAGAAGGUCGUUUUUCCAAAUGGUUACCAUUCAUCAAAAAUUGAUUUGCACUUUAUGAUUCCCGGAGUACUCGAAGAGAUCAUACUCAAAAAUCAAACAGGCAGAGAAAUAAUUGAAAUUAUUGAAUCGGAGCAAUGUCAAGCAGCUAAAAUGAUGUAUAUUGACAGUACGAUAGCCACUUCUAGUUUUCCAUUGCAAGCUCUUUACAAUUGCCCUCGAUUCACUUUGCGACUCGGAGGAAAACGUGCAGACGGUUUGAAAUCGAAAUUUCUCAAGAAUCUCAUGAAAUACGGUGAAGUCCAAAAAUGCGUUCUCUACAUUUCCAAAAAUCGUCCCGCUCAGAGUCAAAUCUUGAAGUAUUUCAAUGAGCCAGAGGCUAUGGUUCCCAACUGUCCGUCGCUUCGUCGUUAUCCAAUUCCGGAAACAAACGAAUUCUACGAACUCGAAUAUGGAGUGGAAGUUGACCAUUAUAGACGUCGAGAGGAUGUCAAACCUUCGAAAAUGACUAAAACCGCCGUCGAGAGCAAUCCAUUGGCAAUUCGCAAGCGAAUUCUCAAAGAAUUCCAAAAAGUGAAAAAACGAAUCGCAUCUCUUCCGGAAUACUGGAGAAGAGACACAUUUUGGACUCACAAACAAUUAUGUAAGAAGUUGGGAAAUGACUUUAUGGAGUACGCAGAGUUCGAAUUCUGGUUUUUGAGAUUUAUUCAAGGGAAUUUCGAUUUGGAUGUUGAUAGAAGCUUGGAGCCGAAGACCAGCUCGUUCACCGACUUGCCAGAUGACAUUUUUGAGAAAAUCGGCAAAAAAUUGGAUUUAAAUGCUCGACACGAAUUGCGAAACGUUUCGAAAGGGAUCCGAAUUCAGGUGGACAGCUGGGAUCCAGAACUCAUCAAACUCUCUUAUAACACUGCGGAAGACUGGAGUUUUCAGCAUAAAACGAUGUCCGCCUCGUUCCGUCGAUCGAUAUUUGAGAGGAAACGGAAAAUGAAUCCCCUCCUUUAUACUCUUGUAAUAUUGAAGAAUCCGAAACUUCGACUGAAGGAAUUGACUCUAGGGGGAACUGAUAAGUAUUGGCGAGAAUUGGUCGAAGAAUUAGAUCAAUCGAAUCAAAAAUUGCAUGUCAAACACCUCCACACCUCUUCUAACUUUGAUCUACACUAUCUGGAUCCUGGAGAAAUCGAAGAGAUUACUGUAUUCUUGAGAGAUCCGAAAGCAGAGGAAAUCCAGAUUAUUCUGGAUUCAGAGCAAUACAAAGCGGCGAGAAUGACGAAUUUUGAGACUCAUGUCUUCCCAUCGAAAUUCCCAUUCGAAUGUUUCUACAAAUGUCCGAAAUUCACUCUGACACUCGGUGGACAACCUGCGUUGAAGAUUAAAUGGGAUUUUAUUAAGGAUAAGAAAUUCCAACUCUGUCAUAUAUCGAUUUAUAAGAAUGCAACCGACGAAUUGAAACAGAAAAUCCAGGAAGAGUUCGAAGAGAAAUAUCCUCGUGUUGAUCCAAGCAAUCCGAAUAUUCGUCGUCAUAAGAUUCCAGGAACCAAUGAGUUCUACGAAAUGGAGAUGACGGACGGAAUGAUGCGUAUUGAGAGAAAACAAUAA